AUGCCAAUGUUUCCAUCGCUGGACGUUUCUUGUUCAACUGACCAAUCUUUAUCUUGUGGUUGUUGUGUGCAGGGAGGCGGCGCCCCCGAGCCGGACGAAGAGGAGGCGGAGGCGCAGGUGGCGGCGCCGGCGGCGGCGGGGGAGGAGGAGCAGUGGCCGCAGUGGCUGCGCCCGCUGCUGUCCGCGCGCUUCUUCGCGCAAUGCAAGACGCACACCGAGUCGCACCGCAGCGGCGAGUGCAACAUGUUCUGCCUCGACUGCGCCGCCGGCGCGGCCGCCGGCGCGGCGGCGCUGUGCUCGCUGUGCCUCGCGCACGCGCACCGCGGCCACCACACCAUCCAGAUCCGCCGCUCCUCCUACCACGACGUCAUCCGGGUGUCGGACAUCCAGCGCUUCAUGGACAUCGCCGGCGUGCAGACCUACGUCAUCAACAGCGCGCGCGUCGUCUUCCUCAACGAGCGCCCCCAGCAGAAGCAGCCCGGCAAGGCAGGCGGCGGCGGCGCCGGCAGCGCCAACCUCUGCGAGGUCUGCAGCCGCAGCCUGCUCGACAACUUCCGCUUCUGCUCCCUCGGCUGCAAGGUCACCGGCUGCUCCUCCGACGGGGGCGGCAACGACAAGGCGAGGACGAUGACGCGGGCCAGCAGGCCCGGCCGCGCCAAGGGCUCGUCAGACUCGGAGGCGGCCUCCUCCUCCUCUCCCCUGCGCAAUGCCGGCAGGCAGAGCUUCACGCCGUCCACGCCGCCGCCGCCGCCGCCCCCAGCGGCCAAGCGGCGCAAGGGCAUCCCGCACCGGGCGCCGUUCGGCAACCUCAUCAUCGACUACUAG